UAAGUUUUUGCUUAAACUGGAAUGUAAAGUCCACACUAGAGGCUUAUUAACUACUAGUUAGUUUAAAACUAAUUCUGUACUUAUAUUGGUUGCACGACCUCAUCUGCAUAAUGUGGCUAGGCCAUAAGCUCUCCAGAAAGCAUGGGUCUCCAAUGUUGUUCCUGCAGAUUUGAGCAUCAAGCACAGCACACCUGAACCUACUAAUCAAGUUGUUUAGGGCUAGCUAAAAAUGAGAGACAGCUGUGUUGAAGUCUUAUUUUAGGUAGUCCUAAACAACUUGAUUAGCAGGUUCAGGUGCAGCUUAAAUCUGCAGGAAAAACAUUGGAGACACGUGCUUUCUGGAGAGCUUAUGACCUAGCUGCAUUUUGUAACCAAAUAAACUACAGAAUAAGUUUCAAACUAACUAGUAGUUACUAAGCCUUUAGUGCAGGGGUGACCAAACCUGUUCCUGGAGAUCUACCCUUCUGCAUAUUUUAGUUCCAACCCAGUUUCAACACACCUGACUCUAAUGUUUAGGUAGCCCUGAAAUGCUUGAUUGCCAGGUUCAGGUGUGUUUGAUUGGGGCUGGAGCUGAACUCUGCAGGAAAGUGGAUCUCCAGGAACAGGGUUGGUCACCACUGCUUUAGUGUAUACUUUACGUUUAAGCAAGAAUGUACAGAUAGCUGGUGCAAAAAAUAUGCAGGACAGGUGCCCUCCAGGAACAGGGUCGGUGAGCACUGCUGUAAAGUAAUGUGUAGUUGCAUAAUAUGACAUUUACAUUUAAUUAUCCAAUAGCAGCCUUUAAAUUUAUGAGCAGAAUUUGUGUUGAAAUGCUGUAAAUUACAACUUAUCUCUGAUUCAAACUUAUUUGCUUUACGCAAAAAUUAAAAGAUGGAUUUGCAUGGAUGAAUGGAUGUGCAUGGAUGGAUGGAUGGAUGUGCAUGAAUGGAUGGAUGGAUGUGCAUGGAUGGAUGGAUGGAUGGAUGUGCAUGGAUGGAUGGAUGGAUGUGCAUGGAUGGAUGUGCAUGGAUGGAUGGAUGGAUGGAUGUGCAUGGAUGGAUAUGCAUGGAUGGAUGUGCAUAGAUGGAUAUGCAUGGAUGGAUGUGCAUGGAUGGAUAUGCAUGGAAGUGCAUGGACGGAUAUGCAUGGAAGUGCAUGGACGGAUAUGCAUGGAAGUGCAUGGACGGAUAUGCAUGGAAGUGCAUGGAUGGAUAUGCAUGGAAGUGCAUGGAUGGAUAUGCAUGGAAGUGCAUGGAUGGAUGUGCAUGGAAGUGCAUGGAACUGCAUAAGUGUACCUUCAUGUUGCAACUACACAGCUAUAGUGCAACUGACUCCAGGACUGGUGAGGUGGUUACAUUUUAAAUACCGGCAAUAGCCAGAGACAGAAAAUACACCUAAAUUUGCAAAUUAAUUUACUUUUUAAUUAGGGCUGACAAUGUUAAUUGCGAUGCAUAAUAAAAGUGUGAUUUUGCACAAUAUAUGUGUGCAGUCAGUCUUAUUAUAUUGUAUAUAAAAAUAUACACACAUGCAUGUUUGUAUUUAACAAGCAUUUACAUGUAUGGUAUGGUAUGGUAUGUAGGUAUGGUAUGUAAAAAAUCUAUGACGUAUAAUUUUUUAAAACUUAACUUUUUAAUUAAAGUAUAUAAAAUUAUACAAUGUAGUGUUGGUUAAUAGGUUAGUAGACUUAUUUUUCAAAGGUUUAAUUACAUGAUAAAUUAAUGUAUUUCAUAAAAUGUCAUAAAACUGCCCCCCCAGCCCAAUCUCAUGGCCCUCAGUUUGAGAAUCACUGCUUUAGAUUGAAAUCUGGGUGGAGGCAGACAGACUACAAUUGCUUACAAAACUUUGACUCAGUCUUAGAGGAUCAGUAUAAGGAACAAAUCUGAGAAGCAGGCAGUCGCAGUGCAAAUCCCUGAACCAAACACAUUCACAACGUGAAACUUUAUUCAAGAAGCGGAACGCAUUUGUUUACAAAACAUCUUUGCAAAGUCAGACAUGGAUAUAGAAAAAGUGUUUGAAUACUUAAGUAAUAAUUUUACAUUGAUUCACGGCUUGGGUGCAUUUGUUCUGCUCUGGGCUCUGGUGUGGUUCUGCCGAGACAACCUGGAAAUAGCCAAUGUCAAGGACAAGCACGUCUUUGUAACCGGUUGUGACUCUGGUUUCGGAAACCUACUGUGUAAACGCCUAGACAAACGUGGUUUCCGCGUCCUAGCCGGGUGUUUUACGGAAAAAGGGGCAGAUGAUUUGAAAAGGGCAACUGGACCUUAUCUUAAGACCUGCAUACUGGAUGUGACCAGCACGGCUAGCAUUGAGAAGGCUGUGGAAUGGACCAAAAAAGAAGUUGGAGAUAAAGGACUUUGGGGUCUUGUGAACAAUGCAGGAUAUUCCCUUCCCAUGGGUCCCUCUGAGUGGAUGAAAAUCGAUGACUUUCAAAGAACCCUCAAAGUCAAUAUGUUUGGCGUUAUAGAGACGACCAUGAAUUUUCUGCCUUUGAUCAAAAAGUCUCGGGGUCGAAUAGUGAAUGUGGCAUCAGUGCUGGGCAGAGUCGCAGCUAAUGGGGGCGGAUACUGCAUCUCAAAGUUUGGGGUGGAAAGUUUCUCAGACUGUCUCAGGAGGGAUAUCCAGUAUUUUGGGAUUAAAGUGUGUAUAAUCGAACCUGGAUUCUUCAAGACUCAGGUGACCAGCUUAGAGUCCAUCGAGAAAGAACUGCAUCGCCUCUGGAACCAGCUGCCCACAGAGGUGAAGGAAAGUUAUGGAGAUAAAUACCUGGAUAAAUACAUCAAGAUCCAGAGACUGAUCAUGAAUGCUGUGUGUGAUACGGACUUAAGCAAAGUGACCAGUUGCAUGGAGCACGCCCUGCUGGCUGCCCACCCGAGGACACGCUACAGUGCAGGCUGGGAUGCCAAAUUCGUAUGGAUCCCUCUGUCAUACAUGCCCGCCUGUGUUGUGGACAUUGCUUUAAAGCUGAUACUGCCAAAGCCUGCAAAAAGUGUCUAGUGUGCUAAUGAAGUAAGUUUAGGACCAUGCAGAUUGUAUUCCUAUUCUUACUCUUGACUUUUAAUCCCUUUAUGAGACACUGGAUAUUUUGGGAGCACCUAAUUUUAGAGAUGUUGUUGUUGUUUUGAGUUAGUGGGUGAUUAAUAAUAAUCACAGGUUUUAGCAUUUACAGUAACUGUGUUUUUUUUAAUUAGCCUACAUAGUUUUAAAGACAUGAGAACUGUUAAAACAUACCAUUUCAAUUAUUUUGUAUAUUUAUAUAAAGUGAAAUGUAGUUAUUU